AUGGCAUCCAUUGUAUCCAUAUCAACUGCAAUCGAUGAUAUUAUUCAACGAGUAAAUGAAGUAAAAGUGUUUCAAGAUCAUUUGAAACUGAUAACAACUAAUUUAACUCGUCUUCGACAUGGAUUGAAUGAUAAAUUUUCAACAUUAGAUCAAAUUUGUUUACAAGAAGAUUUUGCACAAAUAUUAAAAGCUAUCGAUGAAAUUAUUACUAGCUGUAGUGAAAAUGAAAAUUAUCUUAAUGGAAUGACUUAUAGAGAACUCGAAUCCGUACUAUUUCGUCUUCAAUAUCGACUAGCUCAAUACGAAGCUAAUCUAACAGAUGAUUAUGAAACAAGAGUUCAAAUACUUAGUAAUACUUGCCAGGAACAACAACUUCUUGUUCAGAAAUUCUCUGAUGAGACAAUGAGACGAAGAUUAGAUACAAUUGAACAACAAACAAAGGAAAAUACAAUAGAACAACUUCGUCUCUUACGUGAAAAAUAUCCCCAAAUGAUCGAAUCCUAUCUUCGCAAUUGUAUUGAACUACAUCGAGGUGAAUCUCUUCCUGGUCUCUCUGGUGAUAUUAUUGCCAAAGUUGCUAAUAUUUUCUAUCAUAUCUCUUACAAAGAACAAAUGAUAUUAGAACACAAAUGGCAAUCAUGUAAACUUCCUCUCACACGUACAUUCAUCCAGUUUAAAAAUGAUAAAUCUACAGCAUUCGAAAGAAAUGAAUUACGACGAUUACGUAUGAAAAAUGAAGUUGAUAUAUUACAGGAUACAAACAGUAGAAAAAAAAUAUCUAAAGGAAUAUGGGAACGAUUAGUUUCAGAUCCCUAUAUGAUGUUGAUGACUGAAAGAGAUUGCCCUUCCGAAGAAAACAAUAUUAUUCAAGAGAAUAUUAUUCGAACUAAACGUUGGAUUGUUAUUUUGGGUGAUCCAGGAAGUGGAAAAACAAGUUUUGUUCGAUGGCUUGUUCAUCAUCUUGCUCAGACACUUCUUCUUAAUAAACAACAUUCAACUGAUUAUGGUCCUCUUCGAAUACCAAUUCUCAUUCAUAUUGGUGAAUUUGCUGAACUAUUGAAAGAACAAUCAUCGCUUACUUUAUUUGAUUAUAUUGGAAAACAUAAAUGGAUGGGAAAGCUAAUAGUUGAUGAUUCAUCGAUCUCUUCUGAUAAUAUAUCAUGUGCUCUUCAAGAUUACAUUCAACAAGGUCAAGCUCUGAUCAUAGUUGAUGGUCUUAAUGAAAUUCCUGUUUUAGAUCAACGUUUAAAAAUCAUUAAUAUUAUUGAAAACUUUGUUGAUACCUAUGUUCAGACACCCACAAAUGUUUCUGUUUUUGACAAUGUAUUUUUAAGCAAGCUAUUAGAUGAUCCAUCUCGAUUAGGAGGUAAUCAAUUAAUCAUUACAAGUCGUAUAGGCGAUUAUCAUGUUGCACCAUUAGCGGAUCAAUUCGCUCAUUAUACAGUUCGACUUAUGGAUAUGGAACAUAUAAAAGAUUUUGUUGAUCAUUGGUUUUUUUGUGUACAUCAAUGUAUAAUCGAUAUUUUAAAUCUUCCAUUAGUUAAUCAAGGAAAGAAUCAUAGUGAAGCAUUGAAAAAAGAAUUAGAAAUAACUAAAAAUGUUCGUCUUCUUGAAAUGGCUUCAAAUUCUAGUUUACUCGCAUCUAUUUGUAUUAUACGUUUUAGUCAACUAGAUGGUCCACCUUUACCUACUCCACGUAUUCUUCAAUAUGAAUCAAUUAUCAAAUCAGUUCUAAAAUUAUGGCAUAGUAAAAUGCCAACUAUUGAUCUAUCACAAAUGAUUCGAACUCUAACUGAAAUUGCUUCUUUUAUCUAUGAAAAUCCAACAAAGAAUUUUAUUAGCAAUCAAGAAAUAAAAGAAAUUUGUAUCCAAACAAUUAAAAUUUCCAAGAAUACAAAUUCAACAAUGACAAAUGAUAUUCAUAAUUUCGAAAAACAAGUGUCUGAAAUGAUACGAAUUAUUUGUGACAAUAGUGGAAUUUUAGCUUCGCGAGACGAAUCAUUCUAUGGUUUUCUUCAUGUAGCAUUUCAAGAAUAUUUCAUUUGCUUAAAACUCAUCGAAGCAGAUACGUCAGAAAAACAGAAAUUCAUUACUGAUGGAUUCGAUCGAGAUAAAAAAAUUCAACGUAUCACUCAAUCAUUAUCUUAUCGUGCAACUAAUCAACAGUUUCGAGUACCAGUUGCACUUGCUUUCGAAAAAACUAGUUCUUCUUGGUCUCAAAACGAUUUUGACGAUCUCUGCUAUGAAUUUAUGCAAGCUCAAAACCAAUAUGAUUCAUUAUUACCUCUUGGUGCUUAUAUAUUAAUUACUUGUGUUGAUGAUUAUGUUAAGUAUCCUUCGAAUGAAAUUUUGUUCGAUGCUUUAGAUCAUUUAAUAAUUGCAGCUGGUCAACAUAAAUGGUCAAUUGUUUGUCCGUUUCUACUCGAUCAAAUUAUAAUUGCAUUGAGAAAAUUUCGAAAUGAUAUUGUUUCAUUAUGGAUUAAUAAAUUCUUGUCGGAAUCUUCUCGACAUGAUAUUCAAACAAUAAUAGCUCUUUGUCAACUCAUCGAAGGAAAACAUCAUGAAUUUGAAAAUAUUAAAUGGUUAGAUCAAUCAUCUUGUUCCAUGCUUCAAUCUUUGUCAACACUUGAUAAUGAAAAUAAUGGAUUUGCUAUUGAUCGACUAUUAGUUAAAAUUUCUUUUUCAAAUCAUCAGUUAUUACCUUUAAAUCCAACUACUUUCAAAGGAUUUCUACUUGAUAAAAAUAUUGAAAUGAAUUCAAUUCCUGUAGUUCUCAUUCCAUUAAUCAUUAGUUUAUAUGGUGGUUUAAAACGAGAUGAUCAAACUGUUGUCUUCGAUCCGUCUCAUAUUCAUCGAGAAUCAACUGCAAUAACACCAAUUUUAAUACGUUUCCUUUCCGAAAAAGAUCAUGAUAAACAAGAUCAAUAUUUAAAAAAAUUAAAACAAGAAUGUAUAAAAUCUUUUGUGAUACGAAUGGAAAAUCAUGAUGAAUCGUCAGAAGCAGUUGAUUUAUUUAUUGCAACUAUCUGCUUCUACAACAUUGAAUACGUACAAGAAAAUUUGAAAACUAUCUCCAGUUCUCUUUUAUAUAUGAGUAUGAAUAGAUUAAAAUAUAUUUCAAUGAUUCUACGUCAAUUCUAUUUUGCCAAUGAUGAAAAUGAUCGAUCUAUGGAAAAUGAAACAACAAAAUUUAUUUCAAUUACAAUUGAAAAAUUUCAAUAUGUCGAAUCAGCAAGAAUUAAUUUUCUGGAUUUGUUAGAUUCACUGAGAACUAGUGUAGCUCGCUUGCGAUCUUCUUCAAAAUCAAUUUUGUUGGAAGGAGAAUCAAGACCUAAUACACGAGUAACAUUACAUUUACCUAAUUCUCUUCGACAAGAGGGUAAGUUUCUCAAUGGUCUUUUAUCAACAGAUGUACAAUUUUAUUCCGAUCGAAAAUCUUGCUCAAUACUUCAUCAUUUCACUAAACUUUUCUGGCCAUUAGAACAUAAUGAUGAACUUGAGACACAAUACAGAAUGGCUGUUGCUCUGGAUAAAGUACCAGAAUAUUUACACUUUCGCAAUGAUGAAGACCUUUUAUUUCCAUUAACAUUUGUUCCUUCACAUUUACGAAAUCUUUAUGUUCGAUUGUUGAAAGGAAAAUUUAUUAUGAUCAAUUCAAAAGAUUUUAUAAGCAAUAACAGACAACAUCUUUAUUUCGGUCACAUUCUAAUUGAAUGUUUGAUGUUUUUAUCAAAUGCAUCUUGCAAGAGAUUGUCUAUUCUAAGCGCUUUAAUUACUCUACUACCUUGGCUUCGAAUGCAUCAAUUAGAAAAUUUUGGUAGUAGUCUUUUGUGGACAUUAUCUAUAAAAGAUUCCUCUAUGUUGGGCACUUAUGAGAUAAAAAAACAACGUUUAAUAAAUUAUGAAACUGGACAGUAUACGGAUACAGAUGAAAAUCCUUUUACUGGAACUGAUCUAAUAGACGAACAACAAAAAACAAUUAUUCGAGAUAAUAUUGAACAAGAAUAUGAAAGACUUCAAAAUGCUUCACUUGUAAAUGAUACAUCAAACAUAAAAUUUUAUUCUGCAUCAAUCUCUUUGGCACAUAUUUGUCAUUGGAGUGAAGAUGAAAGAAAAUUAUCUUUGUUAGAACAAUGUAUACAUGGAGCUAUGUCAAUUCAGAAUAAACUUGCUCGUCUCGAUGCAUUAUGUAUAAUUGCUUUAUAUUCUUAUUCUGAUUAUGAUCGAAUUAAAGUAGGUAGAGAUAGAUCUCUACAAAAGGAAAUUGAACAUCAGUUGAAUGAAAUUUAUUCAAAUCUACCUCUUCUAUUACAAACAGCUAUUGUCAUUCGAUGUUUACCUUUACUUCAACAUUCACAAAUGAUUGAUAAUUGUCUUAAAAAUCUUUUUGAUAAAUUUGCCAAUACAGAUCGACGAGAUCAACAAGCAGUUAUUGAAGCAUUAUUACCAUACAUGCAAUUAAAUUACAUUUUUUCAUCGAUUACAAAUCGUUUUUCAUAUAGUUUACAAGAACAAAAUAGAAUAAUACGUAAUAAAUCUUCUUUGUUGAAGAAAUAUUUUAAUAUUGAUACACAUGAAAAUUUAUCAUUUUCAUUAUCCAUUUCGAAUUUGUAUCUUAUGGAAUUAGCCAAUGAUUUUCAUGAAUGUCUUAAAAUGGAUAAUCGUCAAUUUAACAUCGAUGAAUUAAUUAAAACAAAAUUAUUUCAAUUCGAAAAUAGUAUCUUGACAGAAGCACAAGCAUUAACAAUAACUAAUAUUCUUUCAUUUGUUUCGUUAACAAAUCAAUAUAAUCAAUACGAGAAGCUUUGGAUUAUUUUAAACAAUGCUCUUCAUCGUAUGAAUUGGGUAGAAUUAAAAGCAUGUCGUUUGUUAGAAUCUUGGUUGAAAUGGAAAGAUUCAAAUGAAUUCUCUUAUUUUGCCUAUCAUGCUGCACUUCUUCUAAUUAAUUCUGAUAUAUGGUCUGUUGAAGCUACAACAAUAGUAUGUGAUCUUUUAUGUAAUGACAAUGAUCGUUUUCGUCAGAGAGCUGAAAUUAUAUUCCGAUCAUCAAAUGAAGAUGAUGUUCGAACUAGUUCAAAAUUGGGUAUUGAUGUUUUAUUAACUUUACUUAAGAAAAAAAUUCAUUAUCAAUUAACUUCAGCAUCUGUCGUACUUACGUUAGGUCGAUUGUUACGAAAUAUAACUUUAGAUGUUCAAUCUCAUCUAGAAACAUUACUUUGGCUAGAAAGAUACCGAAUUCAUGCAUUGACAAAUACGAAAUAUUCAUUAAACAAAUUAAGAUCAUCGGAAAAUUCCUAUGUAGCUGCCUUUUUUUCAACUGAUAUAGCAAUAAAUAGUUGCACCUAUGUUAAUUUAUUUCGACUUUCUAAUGAUUUAAUACUAUAUUUGUGUGAUAUGAUUGCUUCAAAUUUAUUUUCAUUUUGGGCGAUUGAUGGAGAUACAACAUCAAAUGCAGUUUCGGAUAGUCACACUCGAUUUGUUAUUUCAGUUCUUUUGACUUCAUGCAACUUACUGAAUAAUAAUAAUGAAACACGGCAAGUAGCAAUUGCUGCUCUGAUGAAUUUAUUCGAGAUGUCUGACAAUAGUCAAAUUCGUCAAGCAGUAGCGUAUGCACUUGGCUAUGUAUGUAAUGAAAGAACAUAUAAAAACUUGUUUGAAAAAAUUAUAUUCGUAGUGAACAACAUAUCUGAUGAAACUUUAACGUAUUCUAAUAAUGUUUUGAGUGCACUCAUUACAAGUUAUUCCUAUUGUGUAUCCAAAAACAAAGUUGCAUUUGAUCAAGAUGAUCUGGAUUUAUUUUGUACUUUAUUAAGACAUGAUUCACAAGAUAUUGUGAAAGCUGUUCGUACAGGAUUUGGUCGUGUUAUCAAUGAUACAUCAUUUCUACUUGGAAUACUUAGUUUUGAUUAUAUUCAGUGUUACCAUGCAUUGAUCGGAUCAACAGCAUCCUGGUAUCUGGAUGAUAUUCAACAAAAUAGUGAAAAUGCUGUCGCGAUGUUUGUUGAAGAACAUCCUACUCUUUUGCCAAUCUUUAUGAUCGAAUUAUACAAUAGUAUACGCCACUUUACUAUUGAAACAUUACAUGUUGAAGAUAAUUAUUACGAGAUAGCUUAUUCAUAUCCUACAUAUGUAAAAAUUGCUAGUUUAAUCGCUAUACGUAAGCCAACAGAAUUUUGUACUUUCACCAAAGAUUGGCAUGAUCAAGAUAAUUUGAAGCGUGCAUUGUUUUAUGCGAGUAAACAAAAUCAUUUCCCACAACGUGCUGCUUGCUUAACAGUUCUAUCAAUGUUGGGUGAAUUAACAAUCGACUUAUGUAAAAUGUUCAUUGAAGCAGUACGUGAUGAUCCAUAUGUUCAAAACAAUUGUUAUAAAUGUAUAACACAUAUUCAUUCUAUUAAAGACGAGGAAGUCGUUUUAAAUCUUUUAUUAUCUUAUUUAAAAUCAAAAUCAAUGAAUAUUCGACAUGUUACAGCUAAAAUACUUCUUCAUCUUUCUCAAUCAUCUCUUAUUCUAUCUAAACAAGUUCAAAUUAUAUUGAAUGAUCUUAUGUUAGAUCCUAGCUCAAAUGAAGAUCUAUGGUUAAUUAAAGAGAAAGAUUAUUAUCAUAUAGAAUGUGAAUAUUACUAUGUUGGUCCAUUGAAGGAUGUUAUUUAUUCACUUCUUGUUCAACAUGUUAUGGAUCAUACAAGUGACAAUGUUCGAAGAAAUGAAUUCAAUGAUAUUGAUUUGGAUUUCAUUGAAUCUGAAAGAGCAUCUCGUUUUGCAUCAUGCAUCUAUGAGGAACAACGAACCAAAGACAACGUCGAAUAA